AUGACGCUCUUUGAUACCAUUAAAUCCCUCACCAUCUUCUUCGCGCCCAUCCUUAUACCUCGUGCCAUAUCCCUAAUCCGCGCGGUGCGGCAAUCCGUCGCGCAGCGACGUCACAUCUCGCCGAAGCCGCUCACUCCCCAGAGCUCCCGUGCCCUGAAUAUCCUCUUCUUCUCCGCUGCUCUCUUCUUUACCCUUAGCCUACCUAUUCACCCACAUGCUCCAGCCUCAAGCAUUUUCUCCCUAACAUCCUCGCGGUUUUCCACUCCCACAGAGCUCCUCUUCACCCGAGUCUCGCGCAUCCGGCCCCUCACACACCUCGACACCUUACUCCGAGCGCAGUUCACCUCUCCCGCCGCCCGCAGGACCUACCUCCGCUUCGGCCCGGAAACGCUCCUCUCCUGCCCCUUCUGCGGCCCCGAAAAUCCAAAGUCAUACUUAAUUUACUACAUCUCCUCCAACGUCCUCCUCCCACACCUCUUUCACCUUCUCAUCCUCGGAAUUGUCACUUCCGCGCCCAUCGCCGGCCCCAUCGCCGCACGAUGGAGGACCAAAUUCUUCUGGACCGGAUUCUUCUUCCUCCUGGCCGAAUUAAGCUUCGUAGCCGCCUACAACCCGUACGAAAUGGGUGUGCUGAACACAUCGUUGAUUCCCGGUAGUUUGUACACCCGUCUCUACAUGGCGAGAACGCUAGGCCUUACAACCUUUGACGCGCUAUGUGCGGGAAUCAUAUAUCUCUCCGCGACUGAUCGAUUCUUCUUUGGGACUAAGACUUCGUGCGCGUCAGUGGAGGAACAGAUUGAUGAAUUUGCGGAGACGGUGGGUAGUAGUAUUGCGAGCGCGAUGGGCAAAUUGCAUGCUUUGGGGUUGGCGAAGAACGCCAUUAUGCGCGAUGCGGUGUUGAGAGAGCGAGAGCGUGCAGUGUGGACGGAGAUAAUUGGGAGAUCUGGGGGGAUGGUAGGGGAUGAUGGAAAGAGUGUCCUGGACGAUGAGAAGGUUGCACAGGCAGUUGCACAGGCUCUAGCAAAACGCGCGCAGAGUGAAAAGAGCGAGAUCAAUGAAGCUGACGUUAUGAAGAAAGGGAUGGAGGAAGCGGCGAAGUUCGUCGAUGGGGUUACAGCUGGGCUGGAACUCGAAGGCUAA